AUGGCCGAAUCAGAAGCAGACAAGAUCCGCAACAAGCGCCUUGCCAAACUUGGAGGCGGCUCAGGCGCAUCUUCACCAACACCCUCGUCUCCAAGCGUCGAAACCCCACCAGCCUCAUCUUCGUCCGCCUCACAAGACAAGCCGGCAUCCGCCUCGCAAGACAAGCCGUCAGCGCCAGCAGGCAACCCUUUCUCACAGCUUGGCAUCAAGAGUGAGAACAAGGCGCCUGUCAAGAUCAACAUCACACCUUCUGCUGCUCAAAAGCGCCUCAACGACGACUCGCCCCAGCCGCGGUCACGUCCGCAAGCCUCUGAAUCGCUCGAAACCUGGGAAGAUCGCCAACUCAGUCAGAUCUUCCGUCUGUCGCUGAAACCUGAUGUCGUCCGAGAUGGUUCCGGACAGCCUCUGUAUUAUCUUGAGAGCGUGCGAGGAGAUCUGCUCGAACAAAAUGAAGCCCUUCAGCUCAAGACAGGCCUGCUGGACCAGGCCCUUCCCGAAGCUGCCGGGCUCUUGAAAGACAUCACACCAUUGGAUUAUUUGCUAGCAUGCUGGAAGCGCAUCUCCAAGGCUUGUCGAAACAUGAGGAGUACAGACAUCGAGAACCCGAGGUUCAAAGUCUUAAUGGAGGCUAGACGACUAUGCAUGAGUUACUGUAUUUUCGCCAUCACCAUGCCCGAGAUGUUCGGCUUCGAAACGCCGCCAGAGAACGCACUGGCAAAGCAUCUCCUUGCGGAUCCUCACAGCGAUUCUGGUAUUGAUCACGACUUCCUCAACGAGGCCGUUUCGCGCUUCGAAGACGACGAGACAAUCAAAGAUGCUUUGGUCGGUGCUGUGGAGCAGCUCAGCAGGCAGCUGGCUACAAUGUCUAUGAACGACAUCGAAUACAAGCACUACCUCACCGCUAUCAGGAACCUAGUCCAUUAUCCGAAGAUUGUAGAGGCAAUCACGCAAUCGCCUGCUUUCCUGCCUCAAGGCGUUGCCGCGCAGGACAUCGAGAUGGUCACUAUCCUGGGUCCAUUCUUCCGUCUCUCACCUCUACAGAAUGGCGUCGCGCAAAGCUUCUUCACCACACCUAGGUCGAGAGACAGGGCUUAUAUCUUCAAUGCUCAACGUUCGCUUCGCAUGACACUCAACACCCACCAGGAAGAGCUGUUCGACCUUGCCAACAAGAUCGUCAAAUCUGGCAAAGAGCCGCGUGAAAAGAUACUUGACUGGUUCGCCCACUGCAUGAAUACCAACCACAAACGUCGUGCUAUGAGAGUCGAUGAAAAGACGACAUCAUCGGAUGGCUUCAUGAUCAAUAUCACAAAUUGUCUCGAUCGACUCUGUGACCCUUUCAUGGACGCCACUUUUAGCAAGAUCGACCGUAUCGAUGUCAACUAUCUAAGAAGAAACCCCAGAGUCGACAUCUCCGAUGAGACCAAAAUGAACGCGGAUCAGAAAGCCUCCGAUGCCUUCUAUGAACAGAAGGUUGACGGUACCAACAACUUCAUCUCCGAAAUCUUCUUCCUCACAGUAGCGGCUCACCAUUACGGCACCGAGGCAGCCAGUUCCAGGAUGGAAGAGUUGCAGAAGCGUGUCAAGCACAUGGAGAAGGAGCUCGAGAGAAUCGAAGCAGAACGACACAAAUUCGCCCAUGAUCCCAGAUACCUCACACGCUUUGAACAGCACAUCCAGAAGUACAGAGAUGAGGUCGACAGGGUUUAUAGCACCAUCCAUGCAACUACGGGUGUGUUGCUUGAUGAAGUUUCUCAAGCAAGAUCCAUGCAGUUCAUGCGGUAUGUAAUUGUCUGGCUUUUGAGUCUGGCAUCAGGGCAGAAUCUUCCUAAGGAAAAACUGCGGCUGCCACUACCUGAAGAGCAGCCUGAAGUGUUCAAAUGCCUUCCUGAAUAUUUCCUUGAAGAUGUCGUGGACAACUUCAAGUUCAUCACUCGCAACAUUCCUCACAUCAUUACCUCUACCCAGUGUGAGGAGCUAGCCACGGUUUGUAUCACCUUCUUGCGCAACACAAACUACAUCAAGAAUCCAUACAUGAAGGCUGGACUGGUCACGAUUCUCUUCCAUGGUGUCUAUCCCUUCGGCAACUUCUCUAAAGGAGUGCUUGGUGACAUCCUCAACGGAUCAGAGUUCUGUCACAAGCAUCUCUUACAUGCACUCAUGCAAUUCUACAUUGAAUGCGAAAGUACUGGAACACACACAGCAUUUUACGAUAAGUUUAACAUACGAUACGAAAUCUUCCAAGUGUUCAAGAGCAUCUGGUCGAACCCUGUCUAUCGAGAGAACCUUGGAAAGGAAGCGGACGUCAACACCGAAUUCUUUGUUCGCUUCGUCAACCUGUUGCUGAACGAUGUCACAUAUGUUUUGGACGAGGUUUUCGGAUCGUUCUCCAAGAUUCACGACUUACAAGAGGAGCUAAAGGCACCUGAUUCAGAGAACAUGGAGCAGGCGACACGGCAAGAAAAAGAGGAAGCACUGUCGGAACAACAAGGUCGAGCCAAGUCCUACAUGGGCCUGACUAAGGAAACUGUUGCCAUGCUUAAGCUGUUCACAGAUGCUCUGGCUGGUGCCUUCACUAUGCCGGAAAUCGUGCAACGCCUAGCAGACAUGUUGGAUUACAACCUGGAUGCGAUGGUCGGGCCACGAAGACGUAACCUUAAGGUGGACCAGCCCGAACAAUACGGCUUCCAGCCUAAAGAGUUGCUUGCAGAUCUGGUGGACGUUUACUUGAACCUGUCACAUCGCGAGAGCUUCCGUCAAGCAAUUGCUCGUGACGGUCGCUCGUACAAGCCCGCGAACUUCGUCGAGGUCAUGCAGCUCAUGGUGGCCUUUGGCCUCAAAACUGACGAGCAGAUCAAGCAGUUCACUGCUCUAACCGACGCUGUUGCAGUGGUACACGCUCAAGAAGUCAUGGCCGAAGAGGACCUCGGCGAGAUUCCAGAUGAGCUCCUUGAUCCUAUCAUGGGUUCGUUGAUGGAGGACCCUGUCUUGUUGCCCAGCAGUAGACAAAUUGUCGACCGCAGCACCAUUCGCUCCCAUCUGCUCUCAGACUCUACCGAUCCGUUCAAUCGUGUACCUCUAGCUUACGAGGAUGUCGUGCCAGCUGAAGACAAGAAGAAGGAGAUCAUGGCAUUUGUUGAGAUGAAGAGGAAGGAGAAGGCUGCUGCCACUGCCGGCGACCCGAUGGACACAAGUUCCUGA